GCGUAGAUCGUGUACUGCGGGCAAAAUAAAGACAAACAAUUCUGUUGAUACUGCAUCCUAGAUUUCCUGAUUGACACAGGUUGCAAGGCUUGCUCUUUUAUGGAGAUCAGGUCACUCUUGAGCUCACUGUUAACAUCGAGGAGAGACUUUUGGCCGCAGCUUAUUAGGUAACUGACAAGUGACCACCAGAAUGCCUCCUAGUUUACGCUGCAACCUGACGCCAGUCAGAAGGCUACUGUGUCGACCCAAUGGUCCAAUUAAAGCAUCACGUGGUGUGCCAUGUAUCAAUGGAUACAGCACCCAACCACUUGCCUCUGUUGCAGUACGACCUCAAACAGAGUCCCCUUCAAGUAUCAGCCUAAUUCUGAGCAGGACUCUCAGCACAACUUACUCCCUCUGUAAUACCUCAGCAGAUGGUCCAUCCAAGGGUGAUGGGGUCAGUAGUGGAGGUGGUGGCAGGAAAUCCAGAGGAAGUGUUGGCGGUAGUGGUAGCGGCAGCAGUGCUGGGAGUAGCAGUGAUGGAGGGAAUGGAAAAUCUGGCCAGUUGUGUUGUCCAAAGUGUGGUGAUCCAUGCACACAUGUUGAAACAUUUGUGUCAUCAACAAGAUUUGUCAAGUGUGAAAAAUGUCAUCACUUCUUUGUCGUGCUGUCAGAAACAGACAGCAACAAGAGCCUAAAGGAGUCCUUACCACCAAAGCCAGAGAGACCCCCGCCUCCACCCCCAAAGAAGAUUUAUGAAUUUCUGGAGAGACAUGUGAUUGGCCAGCAAGAAGCCAAGAAAGUUCUCUCAGUGGCUGUGUACAAUCACUACAAGCGCAUCUAUAAUAACAUUCCGGCAGGACCCAGCAAGACACAGGGGGAAGGUUCUGAGACUAGAAACCAGGCAUUCACUCCAAGAGAGUUACUACAGAUAGCAGGAAUCAGUAGCCAAGGUAACGCUUUAGGAGCGUCCUCACUGCAGCAGCAACAACAGCAGCAGCAACAGCAGCAGUCUGGACAGGGUAGUGAGUCUGAGCGGCAGCUACGUGGCAGUGGGCUGCUAGACGCUCAACAGUAUGAGCUCAGGCUAGAGAAGAGCAACAUCUUACUGCUUGGACCCACUGGAUCAGGUAAAACACUAAUGGCCCAGACCAUUGCCCAGUGCCUGGAUGUACCCUUUGCCAUAUGUGACUGCACUACGUUGACCCAGGCUGGCUACGUAGGAGAGGACAUUGAGUCUGUCAUUGCCAAACUCCUGAUCGAUGCUAACUUCAAUGUAGAGAAAGCACAGCAAGGCAUAAUCUUCUUGGAUGAGGUUGACAAGAUUGGCUGUGUGCCAGGAAUACACCAGCUACGUGAUGUCGGCGGCGAGGGUGUCCAACAGGGUCUCCUUAAGAUGCUAGAAGGUACGGUCGUCAGCGUCCCGGAGCGUAGCUCUCGUAAGCUGCGUGGGGAGAGCGUGCCAGUGGACACCACCAACAUAUUAUUUGUUGCUUCGGGUGCGUUCAACGGGCUUGACCGUAUCGUCAGCAGGAGAAAGCAGGAAAAGUAUCUUGGCUUCGGAGCUCCAGCUAAUGUCAGCGAGGGUCGACGUGCAGCAACCAAUGCCAGUAUGGCCAACCAAUCCGCUCCGUCCGAUACCAAAAUAGACAAUGAUGAGCGAGACGCCCUCUUGAGGCAAGUCGAGUCCAGAGAUAUGAUCGAGUUUGGAAUGAUCCCGGAGUUUGUGGGUCGUAUCCCGAUUACAGUCAGCUUGUCCUCGUUGGAUGAGCCAAUGUUGCUACGUAUCUUGAAGGAGCCAAGGAAUGCCAUUGUACCUCAGUUUGAGAUGCUUUUCAAGAUGGACAAUUGUACACUUAACAUAACUGCAGAUGCUCUGUCAGCCAUUGCUAAGAUGGCUCUAGAGAGAAAGACAGGAGCUCGAGGUCUUCGCUCAAUCAUGGAGAAAAUUCUCUUAGAACCCAUGUUUGACGUUCCUGGCUCUGACAUCGAAGAGGUGAUAAUUGACGAGGCUGUGGUCAAGUUAGAGAAGACUGCUCAGUAUAACAGGAGACCUUACACGGAAUCAGUAGAGCGCCAGGAAGCCGUUAACUAAAUACAUAGCCCUUGAGCAAGGUGGGUGUGGCACCAAUAUGGGUGUGGCGCCAAGAUGGGUAUGGCAUAGUAAAGAAUUUCAAAAAUGUGAAGUGAAUGCCUUUACCAACUUGAAAGCUAAUCUCUUAUUCAUUUAUUAAAUACAAGCAGUUUUGUGAAAGGGGUUAGCUGCCGCUAAAUAAUUCCAACUCAGGAAAAACACUCUUUUAAAAUCACUUGGGCAGGUUCACUUCCUUAACACUUGCGUCAGAUGGCAUGGAAUUGCCAUGGUUAAAUUUCUCCUGAAAUUAUCAGUUUCCAAGCAGCAACAGUUUUAGUUAUCUUUUAGGACAACCUGUCAUGCUGCUACCACUUCUCACAAUCGAUGGAAGUUGCCACCUGAUUUUUGCUCAACUUUUUAUGAUUUCAUCUGGGAGCAUUCCAGUUGGUCAUUUCUUCCAUGGCGUAAUGAAUUAUUCAUGAGAAAUAUUGUUAUAGAGAAUUGGAAAAAACAACCUCUUUCAUGACUUAGUAAAGGCAUUCAAUGCUUCGCUACAUCACAAUGCUUUGUUUUUGCGCUGGAUGCAUAAGAAUGAGAUGCCACAUGCACCUCGACAAAAAGGCUUCACAAACGUAUAGCUUCUACCCCAUCACACUGAACUCGAUCUCACUACGAUCUAAAAAGUGUAGUCUUGUUGCAAGACAAUAGUAUGUGCGUGGCGAGGAGGGAGCAAGUGGGCAGGGAGUCGCGCUAGUUGAGUGAAAGUUUGAAUAACCACGUCUUACACCAAGUCUACAUUUUUUCAGAACCUAGUGGGAACGAGUUAGGUGUGAUGGGGUUAUUAGGGAUCUACCAACCAAGCAUUGUAAAAAUAUCCUUUUGGGGCAUAAGGGAAGGUACAACAUUAAAACUAAAACUAUGGGUAACAGUUUUGGGUUGUUACGGUAAAAGUGCCUUUUCAGCAUUUCAAAGAAAUGAUAGUAAUCCUUUAUUCAACUUUCAAAAAGCAAACUGAAUCCAAAAGUGUUUGUUACUUUCUUUUUGACAUAUAUUCUAAACUUGUAUUAUUUUUUUUGUAAUUUUGCUGUACUCUCUCGCAGUCUCAAAGACCUGGACGUCAACAAUGUACCUUCCCUGUUAUAACACAUCUUUUAUAUGGUUUUAACCAUCUCACCAAAACAUUGAUUAAAAAAUUGUGUAAAUAAAACUAGCACUCGGAGACAAAAAAAUUUGUUAAGAUUGUAAGAACAACUUGGAAAGAGUACACAGUUUUCAGUGAUCUUUCAGCUAAAAUGUAUAUCUAUUUGGGCAUCAAAUAAGUCGAGUAAUAAAACAAAUUGAUGAAUUAUUUGGAUGACCAAUAUUUAAGUGCUCAACAAAGUAAAAAGGUUAAAACCAAAUAAUAUUUUAAUAGUGUGUACACUGACAUAUUGCUUGAAGACUAAUGUAAAGUAUUAAGCUUUUGUUGGAGCUAUUAUUAUUUUUGAUCCUUUAAGCGUGCAUUAUUAUACAAACAUACACAAAUCCAAAGACUUAGUCAGUUAAACAAGACAUACUUAAAUUUGUGAACCUGUUAUUAACUAUAAACAGUUAAGAGGUUUUUUAAUAUUGUCUGAAUUCAAAUUUGAACCAAGGGUAUUUUGGAAAGUAGUUUUUUUAAAUAUGGUAAAUUAUUUUUAAAUAUGCUUUAUUUUAAAAUGCUUUAUUUGUUUUAUUCUCUGGAUCCCCAAGCGCCGAUUCUUUGCUUACUGCAAGCAGAGCCAAUAAAUUAGGCCCUACUCACAAAACAUUGCGUUUUCUUUCUCCCACAGAAAAUGUCUUUUAAAAAAUGCAAUUAUUACUUGUGAUCAAUAAUGCAAUCAAACAUACAACGUGCGCCAAUUACAAUACUGUAUGAAGGAGUUAUGAGUUUUUAAAUCAGACUUUAAAGGGGCAAGUUGGCUUUGGGAAUGGCUCUUUGUUUUGAAAUUAAUAUGGCUGAUUCGCAUAAAUAUCCCUUGACAUUGGGUGGUUUUUGUGUAAUUUCUUGAUAUAACACAUUCUGAUUUUUGUUGAACUAAAUUUGUUACUACUAAAUAGUCUACUUCUUGCUAAUCACAGAACACUGAAAGUUUUGUUAAGCAUGAACAACUCUUGAAAAGGACAAGGAGAAAUUCUAAACAACAAUUUGAGAGAUUUGAAGGCAAUUUGCCCCUUUAAAUUGUUGAGUGUUAGUCAUACAUCUGUAAACUGUAGAUAGACAAUUUCACUAUUUUCUUGGUUGUAAUUUUAUUCCGUCAGUGCAUAACUGAUCAUAAUUAAAAUUCAAACAGUGUCUUGAA